CAUUGGCACCCUUUAAUAGAACAUAAAGCCGCAGAUCGACCGGUGUGUAUGUUUGCCAGAUGAGUUGAUGUUUGCGCAGUGCUUUGCUGUGCUAGGAGCCGGAGAAACUUCCUAUUUUCUGUACUGCAUGAUGAACUUUCAAGACGGCGAUGAGCCAUACGCCAUGUUUGCUUCAUGAAUUCACGGAUAUGUUUGUAUUAGUUUUUCUUACUUCGUCUCCGUCACGAGUUAGUAAGGCAGAACUAUUGAGCAGCUGGAGCAAAGACUUCACAAGAAAAGAGCAAUGAAAGACGACAAAGACAAGAAAAGCAGAAUAAGCCGCCUACUCACGAAGUCGGGUUCUCACGAAAAUGUCAGCCCUGAAAAAAUGGCAACCACAAAGAACAGCGAUGUUUCUCCAGAAGCUGCUUUACAAUGGGGUGAAUCCUUUGAAGAACUACUAAGACAUUCAGAUGGAGUGGAAAUGUUCAGCAAGUUCCUGAAGUCAGAAUUUAGUGAAGAGAACAUUCAGUUCUGGUUGGCAUGUAAUGACUACAAGAGUACUCGUUCUGAUAGUAAACGCCUCAACAAAGCCAAGACGAUAUACGCUUUGUACAUUGAGGCAGAUGCCCCAAAAGAGAUAAACAUCGACCACCCGACGAAGGUGACCAUCCAGCAAAACAUCCGCCUCCCCACGGUGUCCUGCUUCGACGUGGCACAGAGUAAAGUCUUCAGCCUCAUGAAAAAGGACUCUUACCCCAGGUUCCUUCAGUCUAACAUGUACCUGCGAAUCAUCAAGAGAAAGAAUCCCGGCAGCACCAUGUACAGGCGGCGAUCUAGAUCCUGCGUCUUUAGCGAUCACGCGGAAGCCACCAGCAACGCCGACGUCUGGUUAUAGCCAAUCGCAGAGGCGUCGUUUGUCAUCAUAACGAAAUUUUCUGAAAUAUCCACUGUUGUCGUGACUUAAUAUAUUAUAUGAGCAUAUAAGCUUUGUAGUCAUUUAUUGACACAUGCAAGUGUCACAAAUACUACAACAAUAUAUUAAUUUUGCAAUAAUUAACACUGCUUGGAUUAAAUAAAUUAUUUUAAGUAACCUAUCAGCACAUUAGUCAUGGAUCUCUUUUGAUUUGUACAUUAUAUUUAUUCUAUGAGUAAUUCUGAUGACUACAAACAUGUUAAAUCUUUGCCUGGAUGCUUUACAACCUGGAAUAAAAUGCAGAAGAACAACAAA